AUGGCGGACAAAAAGACAAAACUGUGCUCAAAUUGUGGCGAAAAUACUAAGUAUUCCAGCGUAAAUUGUGAGAAACCAGUAUGCAACAGAAGUUUAGAAUGCAGCACACCGGCAGAGGAGCAUUUGCAGACGGAAUUCGAAAGCGUAUCGUAUUGUAGAAAUUGCAAAACACCUGAUGUAGUCGAUCAAACUACUCGGGGAACAUUUAAAGAAACUGGGAGGCACAGCGUUUCACCUGUGAACUCUGUAGAACAGAACAGUUACGAUAGCGACUGGAAGCCUGAUUCUGAUGGAGAUGAUAGUGAUACUGAUGUUGCGAGCAAAAUUCUUAAUUCUGCAGCAAUGCGAAUGAAGAGGAAAAGAGGUAAAAAAUGUCAAUGGGAAUCUGAAGAUCUGGACGAUUUUGUGGACAUUAUAAUUAAUGACGAAAACCAUCAACGGAAGCUGAUUUUUCAAAAUACUAUGGGGGAAGCCAACAAGUCUAAUUAUGAAACCAUCCAGAAGGAAUUGAAGAGACGAGCUGAAAACAGAGGUUCUGUUUUUGAGAAAUCAAUCCCACAGAUGCGAAAUAAAUUUAAGAAACUAGUGAGUGAAUGCAAAAAGGCAAAUAUGGUUUUCAACACAGCUACUGGAAUCAGUAACUACAAAGAUGAAAAAGAUUAUUCAAACUGGUUUGAUAUGUUAUUCCCUUUGAUAAAGUCGCGUGAAAGUUGUCAGCCAGAACAGGCUAUGGAACCAAGUGCUGGUCCAUCAACUUCAGAUAAAGUGAGUGGAAUAAAUGUAUUCGAAUCUGAGAACAAGUUGGUAGAAAAGACAACUGAAGUUCUUGAAAGUGUGAAGUCUCUUGUAGAAAAUCAACAAACCUCUUCGUUUUUGGAAUUCAUGGAAAAGGAGAAUGCACGUGCUCGAGCACAUGAGUUAGAAAUCUUAAAGUUGUUGAUUCCAUCAUCCCAAGCCCAGGUACAAGGUAAUUUUGAUGCACCUGCAUGUUCCCUUUCACAAGCCUGGCAACCGUAUGUUCCUGUAAGCACCCCCCCUCCAGUUGCACUACCAAUUGGCCAUUAUACACCCAGUGGCCAACAACAUUGCAAUACAUUUCCCAUUAAUCCGGUUGGUGCUAACAUUCCUUCCAACAUUCCAUUUGGAUCACCAUCAAAUCCUCAAACUAAAUAUUCCCAGCAAUCUGGUGGACUUGCACAGAAUCACUCAACAGAUUAUUUUGAACUAUGA